AUGAACGCUACAUUGCCGCCCUGCCCAAAGGAGGGGGAGUGCGAGCUGGGCCACCGGGGGUGGGAGGCGGGGCUUCCCGCGGAGGCGGGGCUGCCGGUGGUAGGGGCCCAGAGCGUGCGUCGCCCCGAGGACCUUCCCGCCAGGGGCCAGGCUGCGCGGCGGCGGCGGCGGCGGCGGCGGCGGCGGCUACUCACCGGAAGCGCGCGGCGGCGGCGGAGGCGACUCACAGGAGGCGCGAGCGGCGGCGGCUCCUCACCGGAACGCGCGGCGGCGGCGGAGGCGACUCACCGGAGGCGCGAGCGGCGGCGGCUCCUCACCGGAAGCGCGGCGGCGGCGGCGGCGGCGGCUCCUCACCGGAAGCGCGGCUCACCGGAGGCGCGGCCUGACGUAACCGGGCGCUCGGCCCGCCCAACGCGGCUGACGCUGCGCAGCCAGAGAGCAGGCACCGCCGCCGCCUGGGCUUGGAACGCAGCGCGCGCGGCCAUGGCCUCCGGCGCCGCAGCUAAGCGGGCGCAGGGCGAGCGGGCGGCGGGACGGCAGCCCCGGCCCCGGCCCCGGCCCCAGCGCUGGGCUGACCGUGUGCCCCCUCGUCUCGUCCCACAGAGGCGGACCCUCGACAGAGGCUGCUGCGCACCGUCAAGAAGGAGUCACCGUAAGUUCCCGGUGAGGAAUCCGAGUUUUCAAAGACUGGGUAGAAUCUACGGAGGAGAUAAGAAUGCUGAGGAAGACUCUAUAACCAGGAAAGAAGUCACCACUGAAGUAACAGAUGGUGUAUGACACAGAAACAUACAUGCAGAGUCACCCGCCAAGCCACCCAAAAACAAAAGAAGGACCAGGAACUUGUCAUGACGGACUGUGAAGAAAAAACUAGAGAAAACCAAGAAAAAAAAAAAGCUGGGACUGUGGGAAUUGAGUAUAGGAAUCCCUGAGCUUGUACCAAUGGGUUAACAAGGCUAAAGAUGAAAGCAUCCAAGAUUAGGUAAGCAGGGCAAAAGCACCCCAGCAUAGAACAAAGACACAGGAAUAGGAAGACACAGAGUGAAAGCAUCCAAGAUUACGUAAACAGGGCGAAAGCACCCCCAGCAUAGUACAAAAGCAGAAAGCUGCUUUCAGAAGAUGGAAGCUCCAGAAUAGGUAUACAGGUAAAGAGGGCUAAAGACAGCCUCAACAGGGUGAAAUCACCUGGAGCAGAGCUAACGAGCAACAGAAACCUGCCUUCUUAACUCUGAGGUAGCAUUCUCUGUCUUAUCCGUAGGUAAAUUAAGAUAAACAGACAAUGUGUCUCAUGCCUGCCAUAAACAGCCAGCUGCUGGAUGCCAGGAUUUUUUUUUUAUAUUGACCCAAACCCUAACACCACAUAACACAAAAACCUCCUUUCUCUCACACACGUAGGUUAAUAAUCACCUGCCAGGUGGCUUUUUAUGUCUUGUAGGCACCAGGCAAUAAUUUCACCUCAUCUCUCAGAGAAUCCAACAGACAACCCAUCAAGAAGUCCAAGUUAUGUCCUCCAGUCACAGAUGUGGAAACUAAGGCUAAUAGCACAGCCUGGGUUCACUAGUAAAACAAGCUAGGUGAGCAUCCCUGUACCCUUGACUUUCGAUUGUCCUAACCUCAGGCCUGUAUCUCAGCAUUCUGGAACUCAGAUCCCACCUCCUGGAGCACCCCACCCUCCUGCCAUGAGGACCCUCUGAACUCAGGGGAGCAGAGCUGUGCCAUCUGCCUGGGACCAGACAUGGUGGCUGGGAAAGGGAGGACCCUGGGCUCUGUAGGCUCUCCCAGUACAGGACCACCUGGGCUCUGUGGUCUCUCUUGAUACCAGAUGAGCUGGGCUCCAUGAACUCUCCUGGUACUGGACAGCUGCUCCCCUUCAGGUCAGGACUUCUCACUGUGGAUCUCCUGGGGCUUGGUUUCCUUAUGUUAUCAACUGACCUGCUGCUCCCCAGACCAUAAACCACCAUCUGAGGGUGAUCAGCACUGCCCCAUACGGUUUAAUUUGCCUGAAUCCCUUCCAGGAAAGUCCCACAUCUCUGACAACUGCUCCCCAUGGAAGUCGCCUCCCCUUGGACUUGCAUGUGUUUGCUCUUCAUCCCAGGAACACAUGGACUUUGGAGUAUUUUGGGAACAGAGGCCUGUGAAACGUUUCUCUAGAGUUGGGAUGUGAGUAACGCUUUCCCCCUAUAUGGUGUCACUGUCCAGCUUUCUGCAUUUCCUGCUUUAUGUUUUCACCACAUGGGCAACAACCAUGCCUUCUCUGGCAUCAGGCUGUGCUGUCACAGAAGGAACAGGGGCCUUUACCCCAAGGUUAUGACCAAUUUUACCAAAGGGGUCUAAUUUUUUCACAUCCAACUUUUGAUCCUUUGGGAAUUUCAAGAUCAAAUGAGAAAAGUUCUGUUUCAAAUAAACAGAAAAUACAAAAAUUAA